CACAACUGCAGGCUUUAUUAAUUAUUAUUAUUAUUAUUAACAGACAAUACUACGGCAGCACUCAGCACUUGUGGCAUCAUGCACGGGACCAUCGAUUAUUCAGAUGCACUGAGUCUACCACCAAAAGGUCAUGUCACCAUCGGAGAGUCCAAUUCCGCUUUAGUACAUGUGUCAGGCCCCGAAGAUCCAAAGCUGAAAAGUUUUAUCAAGAGACAUGGCCAGUUAAAUGCAGCAUUGACAAUGCCAUCCAGAGGCGUCCAUAUUCCACAGUUCCACAAGGUCAAUGCAGCAGUAGAUGAACUCCUUGAUACUGCUAGAGAUUCUGGAUUAAUUCCGCAACCAAUUUUGGAGAAGAUUGAAGAACUUGCCAAACAAUGGGAUUUGGAUGCUAUUCUUAAUUCCGCUGGGGCAGUUUACAAAAAGGCGUGGGAUGCAUAUAUCAAAAUAUCAGGAUCAUUCGACACGAUUGUUCAUCGCGACAAACUUGCCAAAUUCUUGAUCCGCAAAGUAGCAUGGCAUCCACACCAACCUUUGCUGGCUAUUGCACUUUGGAAUGAUUCUGUUUGGGUUUAUGAUCUCUCAGUCGAAUCUUGGUACUCCUGUGGACUUUCAUAUCCAUCACAGGAUAGAAUCACCACUUUACAAUGGAAGCCCAUGUCUGGAGUCGUCCUUGCUGUCGGAUGUGAAGCUGGCGUAGCGUUAUGGCAUGUGUUUAGAGAUCAUACUCCCUCAGGUAUAGAGGCUGCAUGGGCAGAGCCGACAAAUCCUCUCAAAGAUCAUCCUUCAGUGCUCUUGAGUCAAACAUACAAUACACCAACUAGAGCCACGAAUCGUGGACAGGAUACAGCUUGGGUCGGAUUGAGUUUGUUUAAGGAUCUGGGUGGUGUUGACCAGAUGGCAUGGGAUCCUCGUGGCGAACUCUUGGCAGUAGCCUCAUCCAACUCCUCAACAGUGUACAUUCGCGAAAGCGUUACAAAAGAAUUAACAGAGCUUCGGUUGAGCUUCCGGCCAACACCGCCGCAGAUAAUCCGUAGUGUACGAAAGGUCGCUGAAAUCGCUUCCAAUAUCAAGGAGGCUAUCAAGUUGGCUACAAAGCCAGAUCAGCCUGAGGAUAUAGCACCAACACAUGAUCAUGGACAUAUGGGACCUACUGUUUGCAGUAUGGUAUGGUCACCAUGUGGGAAGUAUCUGCUUGUAGCAUAUCUUUCUGAGGUAGCACGCAUCUAUGAGGCAGCUACAUGGGACUAUGUCGAAUUAAAAGAUCUCAAGGGAGCGAUCCAGUCAACUUGUUGGACACCAGAUGGACACAAUCUCAUUUUCUCAUUGCGUGGAGACGAUUUGAUUCGUGCAGUUCAUUUUGAAAAGCGAGCUGGAGAGUUGACAUGGAUCCCUUUGAAUCAGGUCAAAAUGUCCUUGCGACACGCCGAUAUUGAAGGCUACAAGAACGCAGUUCAGAAUGAGGACAAAAGUGGUGAUCAUUCGGGUCUUCGAGAACAUUUUUGGAAGAGACUAGGGAAUCGAAACUUGGAUGCUCUGACAGAAUUCGGAGCUAUCGAGGAGCUGACAUUGGAUCCUCAUGGAGAGCGACUGAUUGUUCGGUUCGAAAACACAGACUUGCUAGGUGUUGUCAUUGUGCGGCCCACAGGUUCGAUGCUCAGGGAUUUGGAUAUUUUUAUGCCAACAGGAUUUAUCGAGGGACCUGGGUGGAGUGAUGGCGAAGAAUCGUCUACAGAUGAAGAUAGAGGUGGUGAGGCUGAGCGUAAAGAAAAACCAGAUGCAGUCACCAUGGCAUUCACAAGACACAGCAAGGGUGGAUCUAUUCUCUCGAUUGCAUGGGAAUCAGGCCGGAUCAAUUUUGUGCCCUUCUACUAUUUGACGCAAAAUGAGGUGGACUCACUCUAAACUAUUAUACAGUUAGAAUAAACGGAACAAACAAAGGCUUCAAACCAUUUAUUGUACAUAUUAAAACAAUACG